AUGGCCAAUGUCCAUCUCCUGCUGCUGUGUGCUGCCCUGGUGUUUACUAGCCAUGUGCAUGGAGCCACACUGAGAAAUGAAGAUAAAUGGAAGCCCCUCAGCAACCCCAGGAACAGAGAGCUGUUUUUCAGAAGCCUUCAAGCAUAUUUUAAGGGCAGAGGUCUUGAUCUAGGGAAGUUUCCAAAUAUUUUCUCCAUGAAUGAGAAUCCCAGGCCCCUAUCCUUCCAACCAGAGAGUAUUGCUGCUGCAUUUGCAGACUAUGAAGAGCAGAGAAACUCCUUCCCUAAUCACCUUAAAGGCUGA